AUGGGAGUUUGCACAUCGAAGCCGCAGAAGGCGAACCCUUACGCGCUUCGCGAAGCGGAAGCCGAGGCCGACCCUUCGCAAAUCCCGAAAGCCCCACUUAGUCCCGCCGCCGCCGAGAACCACCGCCGGAAAGAUGACGUCGCCGCCGGGAAACAGUCUCCGUUCUUCCCGUUCUACAGCCCGAGCCCCGCGCGCUUCCUGAAGAAGUCUCCGGCGCCGGCGGGAGGGAGCAGGAGCGCGGCCUCCACGCCGAGGAGGUUCUUCCGGAAGCCCUUCCCUCCGCCUUCGCCGGCUAAGCACAUAAGAGCUGUGCUGGCGCGGCGACAGGGAAAAAAGGCGGCGGCUGCUGCGAUAUCGGAGGAGGGGGAGGAUGGUGGUGGAGCUGCGGCGGAUUUGGAUAAGAGGUUUGGGUUCUCCAAGGAGUUCACGAGUAGGUUGGAAGUUGGUGAAGAAGUGGGUCGAGGGCAUUUUGGGUAUACUUGUUCUGCUAGGUUCAAGAAGGGUGAGCUUAAGGGUCAACAAGUGGCUGUUAAGGUCAUACCGAAAUCAAAGAUGACAACAGCAAUUGCUAUUGAAGAUGUGAGAAGGGAGGUGAAAAUAUUGCGAGCUUUGAAUGGUCACAGCAAUUUGAUACAGUUCUAUGAUGCGUUUGAAGACCAAGAUAAUGUGUACAUUGUAAUGGAGUUAUGUGAAGGGGGGGAGCUCUUAGAUAUGAUAUUAUCAAGGGGAGGGAAAUACUCAGAAGAUGAUGCAAAGGCUGUAAUGGUGCAGAUACUAAAUGUUGUUGCAUUUUGUCAUCUUCAGGGUGUUGUGCACCGAGAUCUUAAGCCAGAGAAUUUUUUGUACACUAAAAAGGAUGAAAGUUCUGAGUUGAAAGCCAUAGACUUUGGGUUAUCAGAUUUUGUGAGACCAGAUGAAAGGCUUAAUGAUAUUGUUGGAAGUGCAUACUAUGUGGCCCCUGAAGUUCUCCAUAGAUCUUAUAGCACAGAGGCUGAUGUGUGGAGUAUAGGCGUGAUAGCAUAUAUUCUUUUAUGUGGUAGUCGUCCAUUUUGGGCUCGAACAGAGUCUGGUAUUUUCAGGGCAGUUCUGAAAGCUGAUCCUAGCUUUGAUGAAACACCGUGGCCAUCUUUAUCUUUAGAAGCAAAGGAUUUUGUCAAACGCUUAUUGAACAAGGACCCACGGAAGCGGAUAUCUGCUGCUCAGGCUCUAAGUCAUCCUUGGAUACGGAAUUACAACAACGUAAAAGUUCCACUUGAUAUUUUAAUAUUUAAGCUCAUGAAGACAUAUAUGAGAUCAUCAUCAUUACGCAAGGCUGCCUUAAGGGCCUUGUCAAAAACACUGACUGCAGAUGAACUCUAUUAUCUGAGGGAGCAAUUUUCACUGCUAGAACCAAGUAAAAAUGGAAGCAUAUCUUUAGAGAAUGUUAACAAGGCCUUGAUGAAAUAUGCAACAGAUGCCAUGAAAGAGUCUCGCAUCCCUGACUUUCUUUCCUCGCUGAAUUCAUUACAAUAUAGAAGGAUGGAUUUUGAAGAAUUCUGUGCAGCUGCAUUAAGUGUGCAUCAACUUGAAGCUCUUGAUCGUUGGGAACAACAUGCUCGCUGUGCCUAUGAGCUCUUUGACAAAGAUGGAAACAGGGCUAUUGUCAUUGAAGAGCUUGCUUCAGAACUUGGACUUGGCCCCUCUAUCCCCGUUCAUGUUGUUCUUCACGAUUGGAUACGUCACACAGAUGGAAAGUUAAGCUUUCUUGGGUUUGUCAAAUUAUUACACGGUGUAUCUAGCCGAAGCCUUGCCAAGGUUCAAUAAAAUUUAAAGCAGAAGAGCCUUGUGUGGCUUGACUCGACCAUAUUUGGAUUUGUGUUUAGUUGGCGCCGGAACUCAUUGUUGUCUUCUUAUCUGAAGCCCUUGCUAGCACCCAUUUAAAAAAGUACAGGUUCAUAAUGAAAUGCAACUCUGAUUCUUUUUGAAGGAGCUCAAACUGUAAAAUAGUCUACAGAUCGUUGGCCUAAGAAUUAAUAUAUGAAUUGUAGAAUUAGAUUAA